UCAAGUUUUAGUGAGUGUAAAAUGAAAAGUUCGUCCCAGGUGGCAACGAUGGCUUCACCAGCGACAACCACGAGUAGUGACUUCAGUAUCGAGCACAUCCUGACGCGGGCCGGGGAACGGUAUCGGAAGCGCCGGAAGUUGAGCAGUGAGGAUGAGUCCUUUGGGGUGAGGAGUUCGACAUCGUACUGCCACAGUGAAUCGCCAAGUCACAGUGACGAUAGUGAAGCGCGGGGAGGUUCUUCGGAAGAGGACGAGGAAAUUGUGGUGGAAGAUCGGAGGACUCCGAGGGUAUCGGUGGCGGCGCUAGGAGGAGAACCGGAAGUGGAUAGGAAUACUACGGCUAGUGCAACGACUACGUCGAGCUAUCUGCAGAACUGCAUGCCAAGCUUUGAUUGGUUGUACUAUACGCGCUAUCGGCCGCCUAAGUUGCCACGUCCGCAAAAAGCCGGCCCCGUCAAACGCACUCCCGGUCGUCUUCCCCGUGUUCCCUUCACCCCGUCCCAGCUGAGUGCCCUCGAGGAUGCGUACAAAGUGUCAACCUACCUGAGCUCCGAAGAGGCAAACCAGCUGGCGUACAGCCUAGAACUAACCAACACCCGGGUCAAAAUCUGGUUCCAGAACCGGAGGGCGCGCGAUCGCCGCGAGAAGCGGGAAGCCGCCGAAGGCGGUGCUCCACCAGCUGUUGGAGGACAUUUUGCGUUUUUUGGAGGGGCGAGUCCGAGCGAGCGGGAACCGUUUCUACCGCCGAUGAAAUGAUACUUGUUGCUGCUUUGAUUUUGAGGUUAUGUAAAUAGAUAGAUAUUUUUAAAAAGUGAGAUUUUUCUUGUACAAAGAGCUAGAAUAGAAAUAUUUUAAAUUUAAGAGAAAUUUAAGGAUGUGAUAUGCUGCCACAGAAGAAUGAAAUAAAAACGAUUGCCUUCU